CAAACAGAUGGAGCCAGAACGCUGCUUUGAGUCCAGAAACACUUCAUGUUUGAAGUCAAGUUAUCCCAUACCCCUACGUGUUACCCUCUACAUCGUUUUAGGGGUCAUAAUCAUCCUAACAGUGUGUGGAAACCUUUUGGUCACUUUUUCAGUGGCUUAUUUUAAGCAGCUCCAUACUCCAACAAAUUACCUGAUUUUGUCUCUGGCUAUGUCUGACCUGCUUUUAGCGAUAAUGGUCAUGUUCCCUUAUAUGAUUCAAACUAUUGAGUCUUGUUGGUAUUUUGGCGACUUCUUCUUUGACCGAUACUACGCUGUUUGCCAACCUCUGCUUUACAGAAGUAAAAUAUCUGUUAAUGUUGUGUUGAUCAUGAUCCUGCUCUGUUGGAGUAUUUCAGUUAUUUUAGGCUUUGGAAUGAUUUUUCUGAAGUUAAAUAUUUUGGGUGUUGAAGAGUUUUAUUAUAACCAUGUUGUAUGUGAAGGAGGAUGUGUUUUUUUUAUGAGUGGAGUGUCUAGUACUGUCUCCUCAGUGAUUUCUUUUUACUUGCCCGGAAUAAUAAUGCUUUGUGUUUACUUUAAGAUUUUCCUUGUGGCUCUGUCACAGUUUCGCAGCAUACAAAUUGCAGGAUGUGUGAACUCAAACACAGGCCAGACAAAAGCCACUAAAACCCUGGCUAUUGUAAUGGGGGUUUUUCUGUGCUUUUGGACUCCAAUUUUUGUUUGUAACAUCACCGAUCCUUUUAUUAGUUACUCAAUACCGCCAACAUUUUUUGUAACACUUGGAUGGUUGGGAAAUUCAAAUUCUGCUGUGAACCCUAUAAUAUAUGCAUUCUUUUAUAGUUGGUUCAGAAAGGCUUUUAAAUUAUUGACCUCAGGUAACAUCUUUAAAUCUGACAUUUCAGAGACAACACUUUUCACUGAAUAA